AUGGAAUUCAGAAUAGCAAGAGGAGAAAUUUUUCUGAGAGUUAUAGCAAUAUUGCUCUUGGUAUUGACAGCUUUUUUAGUUGCUUUUGAUACUCAAACUAAGGUUAUCCUUUUAACUAUUGAAAGGAAAGUUACUUAUAAGGACGUGGAUGCUCUCAAGAUAUUGCUGUAUGUUUCAUCUUCAGCUGCUGGAUAUAACAUGCUUCAAUUAUGCAAACACUCUUGUUCUUCAAUAGGAUCUUGUGAUAUGUGCAUGGUUUGGAUUAGUUUGUUUCUGGAUCAGAUUGCUGUGUACUUGACAUUUGCCACAAACACAGCAUUAUUUGAAGCAGCUCUAUUUGCACUUACUGGCUCAGACGCAUUCCAGUGGUUGAAGGUAUGCAACAAAUUCACCAGAUUCUGUGAACAAAUUGCAGGGGCAAUAUUAUGUUGCUAUAUAGCAUCCAUUUUAAUGGCUAUGAUAUCAAUUAUCUCAGCUUACAAAGUUUUCAGAAUGUAUUCUCCCAAGAGGUUCUUGCGUUUGAAAGGAAAAUAG